AUGUCGAUGCCGACGCCGACGACGCUGCCGCCGCCGACGCAGCACCCAAGAGCGGGCGCCCUACGUAGGCUCACAUUACUUUUUGCACUCACUGUGCUUUGCGCCACUGUGCACAUUGAAGCUGUCGUCCAUGGCAUACAGCCGCUCAGCAAUCACUACGAUUUAUCGACUGGCAAUCGAAAUGGUUAUCGAUACAAUGGACCUGCUCACAAGUAUUUGCCAGCGGCAAGUGCACCUGCCACAGAGGCGGUAACAACAACUGGACACUGGCAGCCAAAUCCCGUACAGUCGCAACAGUUGCUGGAGCAACAGACACCCUAUGAGCAUACUUUCAGCAGCAAGCCAAUGUUGCAGCAACAGGGCUUCAAUGGACCCUACAACAUGCAGUAUUAUGGCAAAGAAGAGCAGCAACAGCAACAAUUGGGCAAUGCCUGGCGACAGCAGCAACAGCAGCAGCAGCAGCAACAAUUGUCAGCCAACUCCUAUCGAAAGGAGCAACAGCAGCAACUGUCCGGCAACUCCUGGCAACAGCAGCAACAUCAAAAGCCACAGCACUUGUCAGACAAUUUACCUCAAAAGGAGCAACAGCAGCAACUGUCAGGCAACUCUUGGCAACAGCAGCAACAUCAAAAGCCACAGCAACUGUCAGGCAACUCCUGGCAACAGCAGCAACAUCAAAAGCCACAGCAAUUCUCAGGCAGCUCCUGGCAACAACAGCAACACGAAGGCAGACAGGAGCAACAGCAACAUCUAGAGUCACAGCAGCAACAUUCAACGCUCGCUCAGCACAACAACAACAACUUGAAUACAUUUCCAUAUGCCGGCAAUAAUAAGAUUGCUGCUGCGUCUGCAACAAUGGAUCAGCUUGGUGCGUCUUAUCAUGUAUCUAUUGCUGCGAACAGUGAUCGCUACUUGGACUCUGACAUGCGAGAUAAUCAAUUGAUGACACAAGCAUUGCCAGCACCUUACCAGCAACAAUUAUUUGCCAGUCAAAAGCCAAGACAGCCAGGCUAUGAGCCACAAUUGGGCGGCUCUGCCAAUUUUGUGCAAAUGCAAUCGAAUUCAUACGAGUUGCCAGCUUCGUACCACACACAAAGUGAAUAUUCUGAAAAGUAUCGACCUCAGAUGGAUUAUGAUGCAUUAAGACAAAAGGAAAUGCCACUGACUGGCUAUCAUUAUAAAGAGCAAGUUCAGCCUGAUUAUCUACACGACACCUCCAGCCACGCCCACUCAACCGCCCACCUGACCUUUCAACCAAGUCGGGAAUUCCAGGCGCCUUAUUUCUAAGUUUUACCUCUAUAAAAUGAACUCCACAACUCCGACUUUAAGUCGGUUUCAACUGAGAGUUU